AUGGAGCUUGUAGCCUUUUUAGUGGACAUUACAUCUCAGCUAAAUGAACUGAAUCGGAGGCUCCAGGGCCAAGGCAACACAGUGUGUGAUCUGAAGGCAGCAGUACGCUCCUUUGAAUGGCGGCUGGAGAUCUUUAAGAGUAGAUGGACAGGCCGGAGCCUAGCCUGCGCCGCCGGGAUGCUCGCGCUCACCUCCGCGGGAUACUGCGCGUAUCGAUGGCUGAAGAGGACCAACGAUCUUCAAGCUGCUGAACAUCAAGCUGCUCACGGAUCUGUUGUUGAUGAUGUGGAGGAAGUCGACACCACCGAGGUCACUGAUCCAAGUGCCCAGCUCCUUUGUGAUGAACAGGACCCUCAGACGUCAGCUGAUGCCCUGGUCACUGAGGUAAAUAUCCAGCUCCGGAGCACCAGCCUUGACCCUCAGAAGUCAGCUGUCAUUCUGAACCCAGCAAAUACUGAGACACCUGCUCCUCAGUGUCCUCUUCUGGAGAGCAUCAUUACACCAUGGGUGGUGUUUGAGUCACUGUACACUCCGGGAGAGCUGCUGGGUGAAGGGGGCUUCGGGACAGUCUGUGCAGGAGUCCGAAAUGCUGAUGGCAAGCAGGUUGCACUCAAAUAUGUGGGGAAAACUCCAUGCGAUAGAUUCAUCACCAUUCCUGGAGAGACACAGAGCCUUCCUGUAGAGGUGGCACUGAUGAAAAUGGUUUCCAAACCACUUUGUUGUAAGAACGUGCUGGAGAUGCUCCAGUGGUUUGAGAUGUCCGAUUGCUUCAUCUUGGUCCUGGAGCGACCCAGCCCCUGCAUGGACGUCCAGCAGUUCCUUGAACAUCAUGACGGCUGGCUGUCAGAAGCACUGGCUCAAAAAAUCAUGAGCCAGGUGGUUAAAGCUGCUCACCACUGCUGUAACGCAGGGGUUCUUCAUCGUGACAUCAAGGCGGAGAACCUUCUCAUCAACCCAGACACACUGGAAGUUAAGCUCAUUGACUUCGGCUGUGGAGAUUUGCUCUCUGACACACCCUUUACAGAAUAUGAAGGCACUUGGUGUUUCUCUCCACCUGAGUGGGUGUGUGAUGGAGAGUAUUUGGGUUGUCCUGCCACCAUGUGGGGUCUGGGAGUUCUCCUGUUCCUCCUUGUCUGUGGACACUUGCCCUUCCAUAAUGAGGAUGAGAUCGUCUACAGAAAGAUGGACUUUGCUCCCGGCCUGUCUGAAGCUUGCCACAGUCUGAUCAAUUGGUGUCUGGACCCGGAACCUGAAUGUCGGCCCACGUUUGAAGAAAUCCUCAGCCAUCAGUGGUUUACAUCUGGUGGAUCUGAGUGAAGGAUCUGAGUGCAUUUGGAUGUCCACCGUGGUGUUACGCCUCGUGAAGGAGCCUGUCCAGGAGAUGCUGAAGGCCAUGGAGGGAGUCUGAGCAACACUCCUCACACACACCCACACACACCUCUCUAUCUCAGCCAACUUAAAGAGUGAUCAGGACAUUUUAGGAAAUCUAUUGUUGGCUAUUCAGUGGUCAUUAGAAUAUAAAACUAAGAUUAAACUCUGCACUAUUGCCCAUUCAUUUGUAGAACUGCUUUUGCUCUCCAUUGUGUUUGAUGAUAGAUUACUUGUAACUAAUUUAUAAGAUUAAGAAACCCCCAAAAUUUUAAUAAAGUAAUAAAUGUCCUGGUCAUACUUUAAACACCUCUUUUCUUUCCCUUUCUUUCUCUCUCCACUUGUUCAAGAUCUCCGGAGGUAAGUAAAUACUUAUUACUGCCUUUUAUUUUCUGCAGAUUUAAACCUGUCUUGUUUUUCUUCUCUCCCUGAGCAGCUGUACACAUCAUCGCUGGCCUGUAACAUCAACACCUGUUAGUGCUCUCUGACCGACGGACGGCAUCAACAUCUGCAGCUCCGAUAAGAGUCUCCAUCAUUAGUUUAACUUUUUAUUAAAUACGUUACUCAAUAAGACCUUUAUCUUUAUUAUAGGUUUAAGAUUUUACUAUACUAUUUAUUAGACAUUUAAGAUUGUUGUAU